AUGGUCAAAGACGCAAAAUCCUCACUAGAAUCUAUCUCAUCGGGUUCCACCGGCCGUCUGAAGCUACAUUGCAAAAAAGAUACCAAGCCAUAUUGGCCUGUGAUAGGAACAAAAGACGAUAUCCCAGGAUGGCUCCAAGAUAAUGACUUCAUCGUCAGCGGACAUCCCAUGCCAACUCAUUCAUACAAGAGGUCCUUUCGUCUCUGGCGUUGCCUUCAUAUGGAAACGAUGAACAUCUGGACUCAUCUUCUGGGUAGUGCUGCAUUUAUUGGGGCUGGCAUUACCUUGCACAGAUCUGCUAUUUCGAGUAGACUCAAUCUCACCACUGGCGACAAGUUUGCCUUUGGCAUCUCUUUAAGCGCGGCAGCUCUGUGCUUUGGGCUCAGUACGACGUUUCACACACUACGGAGUCAUUCUUACAGCAUUCACCAUCGCUGGGGCCGUUUCGACAUCUUCGGCAUAUGUCUCCUCGCUCUGGGUGGGGGGUCAUCGGCCACUUAUUAUGCUGCUCGCUGUGAUCCCGUGGCCCAGCGCGUAUACUGGUGCCUCAAUGGGGGCGCUGCUGUCGCCGCUGCUGUUGUACUGUUCGAUACUGGUGGUGGUGGAAACAAGAUGAGGACGCUUCGUGGUGGUACUUUUAGUGCACUUGCGAUCACAGCCAUGCUUCCAAUUUUCCACGGCAUUGGCAAACUUGGAUGGAGUCGUGCAUGUGAAGAAAUCGGCGCUCAGUGGUUUCUUACUGAAGGAUUGGUGUUAUUGUUUGGAGUUUCUUGCUUCGUUGGAAGACUGCCAGAGCGACUCAGCCCCGGCUCAUUCGAUAUAUGGGGCCACUCUCACCAGAUACAUCAUAUCUGUGCUGUCCUAGGCCAGGCUUUUCACAUAGUCGCUCUUGUAACAGGCUAUCAAUUCCGGAAUGCGCACCCGACUUGUUGA